AUGGCUAGAACCAAGCAAACCGCCCGCAAGUCUACUGGAGGAAAGGCUCCACGCAAGCAGUUGGCCACCAAGGCUGCUCGUAAGAGUGCACCUGCCACUGGAGGAGUCAAGAAACCCCACCGAUACCGCCCUGGAACAGUUGCUCUUCGUGAGAUCCGUCGCUACCAGAAGAGUACUGACUUGUUGAUCCGCAAGCUUCCCUUCCAGCGUCUUGUGAGGGAGAUUGCACAAGAUUUCAAAUCCGAUCUCCGUUUCCAAGGAAGUGCAGUUCUUGCGCUUCAAGAAGCUGCCGAAGCCUACUUGGUUGGUCUCUUUGAGGAUACCAAUCUCUGUGCCAUCCACGCCAAGCGUGUCACCAUCAUGCCCAAGGACAUUCAGUUGGCUCGCCGCAUCCGUGGAGAGCGAUCUUAG